AGCCGAGACUCACUGUGAGAGACGCGUCACAAGGCGCGUCCGUCGUGUUUUUCAUUUUUCGUUGUCGUGCACAAUUCUCUGGCAGUGUUGCUGCAUAUUGCGAACCCGCGCACCUGUCACUGGAGAGCCGAUCAACGGAGCCGCGCUGCCGCGUGGGUUAGAUUCGGUGAUAGAACACUGGUGACGACGACAACGAGGUGAACUCGACGAGUUUCGGCGAGAGAGAGAGAUAAUUCCGGCCGUGUCGAGAUCUCUCACAGCCACUUGGAGCGUAACUUGGAAGCGACGCCGUCCCUAGAAAAGAAGAGACUUCUGGUCUCGGCUUAGGCGGUAGGCAACACUAUUUCAAUGCAAGUACAUUGACGCAGAGUUUCAAACUAUCGUCGAUGGCUUUGCACCAUUAAGGAAUAAGUACACAUAGACAGAGGUAGAGGAAAAGCAGAACAAUGCACCGCGUUCAUUACAAGCACGUGGCCCUCGCAGCUUUAAUUAUUAUACUUAAUAUUUUAACAGGACACGCAAAUUCUCAAUAUGGACUGAAAGAAUAUAGACCAGCAUCCAGAGGCUCACAUGCGAAAAGACCACAUCCCUGCGAGCAGAGCUCGUGUUACCCCGCGACUGGAAACCUGUUGAUUGGUCGGAAGGACAAACUGAGCGCUUCGUCAACGUGCGGCCUAAAGGGACCCGAGAGAUUCUGCAUCGUUUCUCAUCUCAAAGAGAGAAAGAAAUGUUUUUUCUGUGACUCAUCAUUUCCCAAGCGACAACACAACAUCGAAAACAUUGUCAGCGGGUCAUGGUGGCAAGCCGAGAACGGGGUAGAAAAUGUUACAAUACGCUUCGAUCUCGAGGCGGAAUUUCACUUUACGCACAUUAUUAUUCGCUUCCAAACUUUCCGACCAGCUGCCAUGUUGAUCGAACGAUCGUACGAUUUUGGACAAACCUGGCAGGUAUAUCGGUAUUUUGCUCACAAUUGUGAACACUAUUUUCCCGGAAUACCUACUCAUCAGCCUCAAAAAUUAACGGAUGUCAUCUGCGAGACCAGAUACUCAGCUGUGGCUCCUUCCAGUGGCGGUGACGUAAUUUUUAGAGUGUUGCCGCGAAAUCUGGAUAUUGACAAUCCGUAUUCGAAAGAAGUGCAGAAUCUUCUAAAAAUUACCAAUCUCAGAAUCAUCAUGACGAGGCUCCAUACUCUAGGCGACGAUUUGCUCGACGAUCGGGCCGAGAUUCGUGAAAAAUAUUAUUACGCCAUUCAGGACAUGGUGAUACGUGGCUCUUGCUCCUGUUACGGGCACGCAUCCAGAUGUUUACCGUUGCCUGGAGUCAUCGAUGAGGAGAAUAUGGUGCAUGGUAGAUGCGAGUGCACUCAUAAUACCAAGGGCCUCAAUUGCGAAAAGUGCGAGGACUUUUACAAUGAUCUGCCAUGGAAACCGGCGGUCGGAAAACAAACAAAUGCCUGUAGACGUUGUAAUUGCAACAACCAUACUAUGUCCUGCCAUUUUGAUGAGGCGGUUUACGACAGAUCAGGAAGAGUGUCCGGCGGAGUCUGCGAUGACUGCCAGCACAACACGCGUGGGCAAAAUUGCGAACAGUGCAAACCAUUCUUCUAUCACGACAUGACGAAGGAUAUCUCCGAUCCGGAAGCUUGCCAGCCAUGCAACUGUGAUCUGGAUGGAUCUUUGGACGACGGUAUUUGCGACUCGAGAACUGAUCUUCUCAGCGGCGAUGAGUCCGGACGCUGCCACUGCAAAGUGAACGUUGAGGGACGUCGUUGUGACCGUUGCAGAAACGGCUUUUGGAAUUUUGAUCCCGACAAUCCCGAGGGAUGUCAAGCCUGCACCUGUAAUACUCUGGGCACUGUUAACAAUCAAGGCUGUAAUAUGGUGACCGGCGAAUGCACGUGCAAACGUUACGUCACCGCGCGCGAUUGCAAUCAGUGUCUACCGAAUUAUUGGGGACUUUCUGAGGACCGCGACGGAUGCAAACCCUGCGACUGCGACCCCGGCGGCUCUUACGAGGAUUCUUGCGACGUUAUCACGGGUCAGUGCAGAUGUAGACCUCACGUCAGCGGGAGAACCUGCAAUCAGCCGGAACAGAGUUACUACACCGGCUCGCUGGACUUUCUCAUCUACGAAGGGGAACUAUCCAGAGCUAGCGAUAACUGUCAAGUGGUAAUUAGGGAGCCUUAUCGCGAUGGCAGAAACAGCACAUGGACCGGCACGGGUUUCAUGAAGGUUCUCGAGGACUCUGUAAUGAACUUCACCAUCGAUGACAUACGUAGAUCCAUGUGGUACGAUGUGAUCGUGCGUUACGAACCGGUGCAUCACGGCGCUUGGAACGAUGUACAAAUCAUCCUCGAGAGAGACGGUCCACCGGAUCCGAACGGUCCGUGCGCCGACUGGUCACCCGAGUACGAUCGUUUAUGGGCCCAGUUGCCGAUACGAUCGAGGAGCGCCGUAGCGCAACCCUCUAUCUGCCUGGAAACAGGAAAACGAUACAAUCUCGUGUUGCAAUUUCGCAAGUUUAACGGCCUAACGGACACGCCUUCGGCUUCCAUUCUGGUCGACUCGAUUGUUUUGAGGCCCAAGAUAGACGUGAUACCCUUCUUCAAGAUAACAGGCGUAGGUGAAUUGCGUCGCCAAGAAUACGAACGUUAUCAUUGUAACGACUUUUUUAAUGAUGUCAAUGUGAUGUGGAGCAAUAUACCUGAGAUUUGUAGAAAGUAUCAGAAUAGCAUCGGCUACUAUGUUUUCGAGGGCGCUCAUUCCUGCGAGUGCAAUCCGACGGGAUCUCGCAGUUUACUUUGCGAAAACUAUGGCGGAAUGUGUCCCUGCAAGCCGAAUGUAGUCGGUAGACGUUGCGAUCGUUGCGCACCAGGUACGUACGGAUUCGGACCCGAAGGUUGCAUUCCUUGCGAUUGCGACGGAGUCGGUGCUCUGGACAACUUUUGCGACGUUGAGACCGGUCGCUGCAAGUGUCGUCGUAACACCUAUGGUAGAACCUGCGGCCAGUGUGAACCCGGUUUCUGGAAUUUUCCGCACUGUCAACGCUGUGAAUGCAACGGACACGCGGACGGUUGCGACUCCAAGACUGGCGCUUGUAUCAACUGCAGGGACUAUACUACCGGACAUAAUUGCGAUCGUUGUAUCGAUACCUUUUACGGCGACCCACGAAUCGGAGUCGAUAUACCCUGCAGGGCGUGUCCGUGUCCAGGCACUCUUGAUUCCGGUCAUUCAUACGCCGACGGAUGCUCGUUAGAUUCAAUAACGCAGGACGUGGUUUGCGAAUGUUUCGAGGGCUAUGCCGGUCCCCGAUGCGAACACUGCGCCGAUAAUUAUUUUGGCAAUCCUGAGAUACCCGGCGGUAGUUGCGAGCCCUGCGAGUGCAACAAUAACACGGAUUUACGCCGACCUGGGAACUGCGAUCCACACACUGGUCGUUGUCUCCAGUGCUUGUACAAGACCGACGGUCCUAACUGCCAAAUCUGUAAGCCUGGCUUUUACGGCAACGCCCUGCGACAGGACUGUCAAGACUGCAACUGCAAUGUCUUGGGCACUAACAAAGCCGCAGGACCAUGCGACCACCGUACCGGACAGUGUCCAUGUUUACCGCAUGUUAUCGGGCAGCUUUGCGACUCCUGCGAGGAGAAUCACUGGAGGAUAGCCAGCGGAGAGGGCUGUGAUCCUUGCGAGUGUGACGCAGUUGGAAGUAUAUCAGACAGGUGCAACCCUUACGAUGGCACUUGCGAGUGCAGACCGGGAUUUGGCGGUAGACGGUGCAACGAGUGUCAGACGAAUUUCUGGGGCAAUCCAAAUGUGGAGUGCUAUCCAUGCGAAUGCGACGUAAUCGGCUCCGCCAGCCAACAGUGCGACAGGGAGACCGGGGUGUGCGUUUGUCACAAGGGUAUAGGUGGCGAAAAAUGCGACCAAUGCGACCGCGGCUAUCACGGCGACGCGCCUCAGUGCAGUCCCUGCGGCGAAUGCUUCGACAAUUGGGAUUUGAUAUUGAGCGGUCUCAGUAACAAGACGAAUGCCGUCAUCGAUGAGGCUUCGAGAAUACAGAAGGUCGGUACGACCGGAGUUUACAGUCAAGAAUUCGACGACAUGGAGAAGUCGCUGAACGAGGUCAAGGCGCUAAUCAGUAACACCACCAUCCGAGGCCAAGAUCUGGAUGCAUUAAAUAUUUUGGCUGCGGGAUUAGAGAAUAAUAUCUCCGAAUCGGCGCAGCAAUUGGGUGAUGUAAACAAUCUCUUGGAGAACGUCAGUCAAAGAGUCAAUCUCGGGGAUGUUGCACUGAAAAGACUAAAGAAUCGAACAAACAACUUGCACGAGGCCGCCGCUGAGCUGAGGGAGAACGCUACCAGAUUGCAAGAGGAAAACGUGCAGGGCGCAUUGAACGUGACUCAACAGAUGGCCGAACAGUCUAAGCAGGCCGAGAGAAUGGCUAACGAUACGAGCAACGUUCUGGCUGACGCUGAACGAUUCCGAAAGCACACCGAGAAUCUCCUGGCGAAGAAUCGCGCUACCGUCGAUGAGGCCCAAGAGAGAAACAAGGAAUCGUUGGCAAAGUUGAACGAGAAGCUGGAAACGUUCGGUACAGCUAUGCCCGAACUGAACCUGCAAAUGUGCGGCGACAACGUAACGGAUUGUAGCACCGUCUGCGGUGGCGCUGGCUGCGGCUUCUGCGGUGGAUUGUCUUGCGACGUAGGCGCGGUCACCAAAGCCAAUCAAGCUCUGGAUGUGGCCAAGCAGCAGGCUGCUAAGAUCAAAAGUCACAAAGAUGAGGCCGAACAAUUGUUGCGUAAUAUGAUUCAAAUCAAACAAGAUUCAACAGCAGCGAGAUCCAACGCUCAAGACGCCUUCAAUUACGCGUGGGACGCGCGCAACCGUUCCGAGGACAUUUCCAAGGAGCUCCUGGACAUAACCAAUCGUAUCUCGAGCAAUCUAAACGACGAGCAGCCCACACCGACCAUGGUGAGGGAUCUCGCGAACAAAGUACUCGAGAAGAAUAUCCAGCUGGAGCCGGACGAGAUUACACAAUUGGCCGAUCGCAUCAAGAGUAUCGUAGGUUCGCUUACCGAUUCCGAAAAGAUUCUCGCCGACACCAAAGACGACCUUCAACUGGCUCGCGAGCUCGAGCAACGCGCUAAUCGCGCCAAGGAAAUCGCUAUUGAGAAGCAAGACUUAGCUAGCAAAGUGAUUCUGUUGUUGAAUGACGCGCAACAAGCACAAGAGAAGGCGCAAAGUGCUAUCGACAAGGCGGAGGCCGACGUACUCAAGUCACAAAAAGAUUUAGUGGACAUCGCCGACGUGACGAAGUCUGCUCAGAUUCAAGCUAACAACACCACCCAAUCUGUGGAAACUCUAGACACCCGGCUGAAGCAGUUGCAGACGCAGUCGGUCAGAAAUGACUUUGUACUGACGAAGGAGAUUAGUGUGGAGGCGAAGAAGGUCGCCGAGGAGGCGCAAAUGAUUGACGGCAAGACGAAAAAAUUAUCGGAAGAAUAUAAAAGAGCGGACGAAUCGCUGUACCAACGGGCAAACAAAAGCAGGGGCGACAUACAACGGGCGAAGAGACUCCUGCAGCGAGCCUCCGAAUUGACGGCGGACACGUCGACCAAGUUCAAGGAUCUGGACGGCAUGGAGAGCGUAUACAGGGACAAUGAGAGGCUACUGAAGGAUCUGAUGAGAGACGUAGACGCGUUGACAACGGAAAUGGAGAAACACUUGUCGCAAAUUGAGGAGAAGUCGCAGUUGUACAGACAGUGUUCCACUUAAAGGGCUCAUUGUGGUCCAACUGUCGGAUCUUCCGAUCACGUUUCAUCUCUAAAGUUAUGCGUCUUAUGCGCGAUAUAUAUCGGGUUGAACGAUGGAUCUUUUCUUUGUUGUUAUGCCAGACACAGAAAUAUCUUCACGAUGUAGAAUAGAAGUUUGCUUCACACACACAGACGAGAUCAUUUACAGCGUGUUCGCACGCGCGUGCACGUAUUUCGUUGCAUUUCUGCGAGAAAUAUUACGUUUUUACGAGAUUGGUGCCUUACAAUUGUGCAAUAGCUGCGGUUCUACUCUCAAUCAUGUAAAAGAAGAAAUGAAUCUGCGUGUGUAUAUAUAUAUAUAUAUAUUUUUUCUAUUUUUUCGUAUAAUUAUAUAUAUAUAUAUAUAUAUAUAUAUAUAUAUAUAUAUAUAUAUAUAUGCGCGUAUGUGUGUAUAUACACACAUAGACACAUGUAUAUUAUAUAUAAAUUUGUUAUUUCAAACUUAUCUCCUAGAGAGUAUCGCGAAAAGCAAGAAGAUUCUUAUUAGUGCCAUGCAUGUAAAUAGAGGGGCUAUUAGUAGUUAGAAAGAGAGAGAAUGAUUUAUAUAUAUCGUCGAUACUGCCAGCGAGACGCUCUUUUAGAUUUAAUUAUGUCGAAUUCUUUUACCCCUUUUGUAAUUUUUUUAUACUUUUAUAUCGUAACAGACACACGCACGUACACGCACAUGUGCGUGUGCGCGCGGACACAUUUAUCUUUAUAAUAAAAAUAACAUAUAAACGCUCUGUCUCUCUUAAAGUACGCCAUUUUACGACGCUUGGUACUUAAACUCACGAGAAACAGCGUAACAAAGUAUUAACGCUAGAUGGUACGCUAAAGAUAGGUCUCACGUGUAAUGUGUAAAUAACUGAAAUAACUGUAAUACACGGGUUUAAGAUAUUAAUAUAUAGAUAUUUUUCAAAACGGAUUGUCUCCUAUCGAAUAUAUAUAUUCGAUAAUAUCGCUGAGAGAUACGAUUCGCGCGUAUACAUUUCACCUGUUAAACGAAUUAAAUUUAAAAUGAUCUUCUCAA